UGGAAAAGGUGGAGACAGGAGUACCUGACAAUGCUGCAGAGAUGCAGAAAAUGGACAGCAGAAAAGCCAAAUGUAAAAGUGGGAGAUGUUGUCUUAUUGAAAGACAGUCAGGCACACAGAAAAGAUUGGCCAGUCGGGCUUGUGGUAAAAACCUUUCCCAGUACUGACAAAAAGGUUAGGAAAGUAGAACUAAAAAUUGUCAAGCAAGGAGCUGCUAAGGUGUUUCUGAGAACAAUCUCAGAGAUUGUUGUUCUUCUUUAUGAAGCAUCCUAGAGACAAAAGAUAAAAAUAGAAAGGACAUUAUUUGUUUCUUGAUAUGUUUUAUUUAAUAGUGGCACAAUUUCAUUAUACCAGGCGGGGAGUGUGCUGCCAUCCUGUUAGAAGGUAACAGAUUAUUUUAUUACAAUGGUUAAAUUGGAUUUUCAUUGUGUUCAAUGGUGUUAUUUGCCCCCUAGUGGCGCUUUCUGGUACUUAGAAAGACAACGCAAACGGGAAGUUCAGAAUUUGUUUUGCACGCAUAGAAGCAGCUACAAACAACGCUACGGUGCAGGGGCCUGUUGCACAAAAGUAGAAUUAAGACAUCCGGGAUAAAUGACUCAGCUGAGCUCAAUGAAGCCAAAACAUGUGCGUCCAGGCUUAAUUGGUUGCACAAAGACCAAGCCAGGAUGAGCAGACACGGAUUCAUUAAACCAGGUGAAACCAAUCCUGGAUAGGUGCGCACUCACGGCUCACUCAAAUAGACCCCGCCACAGAUCACAGAUUAACUGAUUUACCAUGGCAACUAGAGCCGCGUACUUUUCCCCGUCGGAAGCACAAAUCCUCAUGGAGGCAUACGAGGAGGUAAAAGAUAUAAUUAAGAAGAAAGGCAACACCGCCACAGUGAUAAAGCAAAGAGAAAAAGCGUGGCAAAGUAUUGCAGACCGCCUGAAUGCGUAAGUAGUGCACAAUUACACACUCACCGCUCCGCUGAAACAUCACAAUUACAAUUCAAAUAUUUAAUUCACAUCUCCAAAAAUGCAGUUGUACUGUAAUUAUGAAACGGUUAAAUUUUUAAUUGAAAUGCACUGCAGAUAUGAGUGAAAUUGUGUAAAGUAACUCCAUCACACUGUAUAAAGCUAUGAUCAAUUUUUUGAUAUUUUUACUGAAAACAAGACAAAAAUACCAAGUAAUUUUUUGCAGUGUGACUCCAUUAAAUGUGUGUGUGUGUGUGUGUGUGUGUGUGUGUGUGUGUGUGUGUGUGUGUGUGUGUGUAGAUUAAACAUGAACGGGCCAAAACAGACAUGGCAGCAGGUCAAAAUCAAAUACAAGAACAUUCUGCAGAAUGCAGUGAAAAAGAAUACCCACAGACAAGGCACGGGUGGUGGGUCACCAAAGGCUGACCUUACCCCAGCAGAGGACAUGGCCUUGGAGCUAAAUAAAGGCAGGCCCGUCUUAGAGGGGAUCCCUGGGGGGAAAGAGACGAGCAUAGGUUCCUCCCAAGAUGCCACCCGCUUCAUUCAAGUGCCUGGCAGCACUGUGUUCCUGUUAGAGCCACCAGCACAAGCACCAGACGAUGCUGAUCCAGGUGAAGGCCCCAGUGCAGCAGCAACAGCACAUGAUGGAGACGAUGAUGAGGAGGAGACCAUCUCUCUGGAUUACAGAAGGCAUGAGGACCCAGAUGCUAUACAGUGGGAAAACCAGCCUGGCAACAUAAGCUCACAAGCUAUCAGAAAGUUGUAUGGCAACCACCUCCGGCGCCAAAUAGAACUGGCAGACAUAGACAUUCAGUACAAGAAGAAAAAGAUGGAAAAUCUUGCACUGGAGUCCGAAAUAAAAAAGAGGACAAUUAGGAAACUGGACCUUGAAAUAAAAAACUUGAGAGGGAGCUCCAAGAAGAUGACACAGCUCAAAAUAAAAAAUUAGGUAUAUUCUCGUAAAGUCAAGUGAGCCAUGACAUAUGAGCUCUUAUUGUGAGCACACAGGACGGUGGCAUCUUUCUAAGGUUUUUUUUAUUUUCCCAGCAAUCAGUACAACCAAGUCAUCGUUAUAAGGCAUCGCCCUCUUUUGCCCACCCCCCCAGCACCAGGUGUGGCCACUAGCCUAUAUGAAGGCCCAAAAUUGUGUGUUCCUUUCUGCUCUGACAAUGGCAUGCCCAUUCGUGUGAGAUGUGGUGGAUGAAGAAGCACUUGUGCUGAGGAGAGCCUUCAGGCGAGAAAGGGUCUUCAGGGACCGGUUGGACCCACUGGCCUUCCCUGAUGACCAUCUAUAUGAAAGAUACAGGUUUUCUGCAGAUGGCAUCAGGUAUCUAUGCAGACUACUGGGUCCCAGGAUUAAGCACCGCACUGCACGGAGCCAUGCACUGAGUGUGGAGCAAAUGGUUUGUGUGGCCUUGCGCUUUUUUGCUUGUGGAGCCUUCCUGUACUCAGUGGGGGAUGCAGAACAGCUGAACAAGGCCACAAUUUGCCGCACAAUAAGGAGUGUGUCUGGCUAUCAAAGCAUUAGCAGAUGUCUUCAUCUCCUUCCCUGGCCACAGAAGACUCUGUGACAUCAAAGAGGAGUUCUAUAGGAUUGCAGAUGGUCUGCAAUGCUGACUGUGUGAUCAGCAAUGUUGUGGCAAAAUGGCCUGGCUCAGUCCAUGACUCCAGAAUCUUUCGGGCCUCUGAAAUCUAUCAGUGCCUAUCACAAGGUGAAUUCUCUGGUGUGUUGCUGGGAGACAGGGGGUAUGGCUGCCAGCCUUUUCUCCUGACACCUUUCACAGACCCCCAGGAAGCACAGCAGGCCUACAACCAUGCCCAUGCCAGGACCAGGGCCAGAGUUGAAAUGACCUUUGGCCUCCUGAAGGCACGCUUUCACUGCCUUCACAAAUUAAGGGUCAGCCCUGUUAGGGCAUGUGAUAUUACUGUGGCUUGUGCUGUCCUCCACAAUGUGGCCUGCCUGAGGAAGGAGAGGGCCCCCAGAGUGCCACCAGCCAUGGACUGGGACAAUCCGGCAAUCUUCCCUGAUGACGACAGUGGUCGGCUGCUGAGGGACCAAUAUGUGUUGAAUUAUUUUAGUUAGUAUGUGUGCUUUCAAUUUUGGUUAAAUAUGUCCUGCGGUGGCAGAGGAAUUUGGUUUUUUUUGGGUUCGUUUUUUGACGAAUUUGGCCUCUUAUGAUGUUUGUGCGGUAUACUGUGUGUAAUACAAGGCUGCAGGGAGGCUACUGCAUCCAUUCAUUUGUCUGUUCAGUUGAUGUGUAUGGAUUUGUCCUGCAUUUAUUUUAGUGUGCAGACAUGCAGGGUGUGUUAUAUACAGACCUUUGAAUGUGUAUGUAUCAUUUUGUAUAAUAUGCUUGGAUUCUGUGCUUUCCAUCUUGUAGAGUCACUGUGACUUCAGUUUCGAAAGGAGCUGAUGGUUUACCUGCUUUGUUUUGUCCUUUAUUCAAUAAAGGAACAUAAUGUUA